AUGGAGAAGAAGCUCGUCUACUUUUUUCAAGAGUCAACCUCGCUCCCUUUCAUCCACAAGCUGCUCGUCUUUAUCUUGAUCGCCGUCAAGAAGUUCUUUGGAUUGUCUUCUUCAUGCUCCUCCAUUUUUCAUGAGGAAGAGCACCACCACCACCACCAUCAGCAGGAGGAGGCUAAAGAGAGCAAUGCAGCAACACUUGAACGAGGAGACUUGGGGUUCAUUUUAUGGAGAAUGGGAUUGGCUCAAAGCCCAGAUGAAGUUGAGAUGAACGAGGAGGCUGUGUCACUGCCUGAUUUGUUCGCAGAGGAGGAGCCGAGCUUGCAGGAGUUGAGACAGGCCUUCUCGGUUUUCGACGAGAACGACGACGGCUUCAUCGACGACCUGGAGCUGCGGAGGGUUCUCCAGGCGCUUGGAGUCGGAGAGGGGCUGGAAGUUGCUACGUGCAGGAGGAUGAUCCAGGUUCAUGAUCGAAAUGGAGACGGGAGGAUCGAUUUUGUGGAGUUUGUAAGGCUCAUGGAGUUGGUCUUUUGA